AUGCAAGCCUACUUUCAGCAUCGUCGCAUCAAACUGGCUGUCGAACAGCAGUAUCAGCUGAGCAAUCAUUUGAAAUCAGUUCAUUCCGACUCUACCAUCGCUAUCGACCCUGAACCAACCCUAGAUGCAACAGAAGAACCUAGCCACAAUCCACUACAAAGAUUGCAGGCUGUUUCAAUACCGGAGGUUUCAAUUCAUGUCAAUGCCUCGACAGUUUUGAAAGAGGCAGCUCAAUUUCCUGGAGUUUCCAUUCAACAGCAUGGUACAACGCCCAGUGGAGAUCCUGAAUAUGUUUUUCUUGUGGAGUGGGCCAACGAGGAUGGCAAACUCAAUCCUCGCAACUUCACUACCGGGAAACGAGUCGGUGUCACGUUGGUCGUGUCUGCCUUGUCAUUUGUUGUGGGUAUUGCGUCGUCAAUUGACACCGCUGUUUUACCUCAGGCAAGUCAGGACUUGCAUGUCAGUGAAGUGGUGGAGUCAAUUGCCACUGGCAUUUAUCUACUUGGAUUUUCAUUUGGCUCGCUAUUCUCGGGCCCUCUCUCUGAAGUAUUUGGGCGCAAUGUAGUCUAUAUUGGCUCUCUAGGUCUCUUCUCAAUCUUCAUCAUGGCGUCUGCGCUAGCGCCGAAUAUCGGCGCCCAACUCGCUUUCCGAUGCUUAGCGGGCAUUUUUGGCUGCCCCCCGCUCACUUGCUGUGGGGGUACUAUUGCUGAUGUGUGGAAUCCAUUGGAAAAAACAUUUAGCUUUCCACUCUACUCCCUAGGAGCAUUCGGGGGCCCCAUUCUCGGACCAAUAAUUGCCUCAUAUAUUGGACAGAGUUCAUUAUCAUGGAGGUGGGCCGAGUGGCUCACUUUGAUCAUGGCUGGACUUGUCAUGAUGACUGUGCUUUCAUGGAUGCCAGAAACCUAUUCGCCACUUCUCUUGACAUGGAAAGCUCGCCAUAUGCGGGAGAUAACGAGUGACCCACGGUAUCGGUCAAUCCUGGAAGUUGAGGAUACUAGUCUCUUUACUCGGAUGUUCAUCAGUUUCCGACGCCAACGCCAGCUGAUAACAAAAGAGCCUGUCGUUCUACUGAUUGCCCUAUAUCUUUCGAUUGUGUGGAUCGUGCUAUUCACAUUCUUUGAUGGCUAUACCUAUAUUUUCACUGAUAUCUACCAUAUCUCUCAGGGACUGACCAAUAUUAUAUGGAUUGCCAUGUAUAUAGGAAUCAUUCUGGGAGAGUUUUUGGUGCCUUUCCUGUACCGCUCUCUACAGAAGUCUUUGCUAGCGACUCAAGACACUGAAAAGGGUACAAGCAUGAAGAUUCACCCUGAAGUCCGCUUGUGGUAUGCCAUGCUGUGCGCUCCUGCUAUACCCGUAAGCCUCUUUUGGAUGGGGUGGACGAACUAUGCCUCUAUUAGCAUAUGGAGCCCUAUUAUUGCAACUACAUUAUUUGGUUACGGCAUCCUCGGCAUCUUCAUCAGCUCGUGCAUGUAUGUCAUUGAUUCAUACGACAUUCUGUCUGCAUCGGCUCUCGGAUUCAUGACCUUCUCGCGUUACUUCACGGCAGGGGUAAUGACUAUCGUCGGUCUUCCCUUUUACGAAAAUAUGGGUACGCACUGGACCUUGACGAUCCUGGCCUGUAUAAGUCUCUUGGUAACACCGUUGCCGUACGUCCUCUAUCACUUCGGUCCAGCAAUCCGUCGCAGGAGUCACUAUGCAUUGAAGGACUAG